AUGUCUGAGCUAGAGGCUCUGAGAAGGAUUUCGCCAUAUAUUGUUGAAAACAGAAUCAAUUCGGCUUUAGAAGCUGAAGCAAAUGUGGCUGACGAAGCCAACAAGGAUCCUUUAGAGGAAGUCGACCUCGGCGAAGAAGGAGACAAAAGACCCACAUUCAUCAGCGCCAACAUCGACCAGGAACUCAAAUCAGAGGUAAUUUUAUUGUUAAAAGAAUUUAAAGAUUGCUUUGCAUGGGAUUUUAAUGAAAUUUCUGGUUUAAGCAGGGAAUUGGUCGAAUUAAAAUUGCCAAUACAAGCUAGAAAGAAACCAGUAAAGCAAACACCUCGACGUUUUGCUCCCGCAGUAAUGUCGAAGAUAAAAGAGGAAGUCGAACAGCUUCUCAAGAGCAAGUUCAUAAGAUCUGCAAGGUACGUCGAAUGGUUGGCUAAUAUAGUGCCAGUCAUGAAGAAAAAUGGGAAGUUAAGAGUGUGCAUUGAUUUUAGAGAUAUGAAUGCUGCUACCCCAAAAGAUGAAUAUGCCAUGCCGAUAGUAGAAAUGUUAAUUGACUAUGCCGCUGGUUUUGAAUAUUUAAGUAUGUUAGAUGGUUAUGCUGGUUAUAACCAAAUUUUUAUUGCAGAAGAAGACGUGCCGAAGACGGUGUUUCGUUGCCCGGGGGCAUUAGGAACAUAUGAAUGGGUAGUCAUGUCAUUUGGCUUGAAAAAUCCCGGAGCUACGUACCAAAGGGUAAUGAAUUCUAUGUUUCAUGACUUCAUCGAAAACUUUAUGCAAGUAUACAUCGAUGACAUUGCAGGACAUUUCCUAAGCUUCGUGGUGCAUAAAAAAGGAAUAGAGGUCAACCAAAGCAAGACUAAAGCUAUUAUGGACGUCAAACCUCCGUCGACCAAAAAGGAACUUCUGUCCUUGUUAGGGAAUGUAAAUUUCUUAAGGAGGUUCAUAUCUAACUUAAGUGGAAAGACAAAGGCAUUCUCACCACUACUUCGACUGAAGAACGAGGACUUCAUCUGGAAGAAGGAACAUCAAGAGGCUUUCGACGAGAUCAAAGAAUAUUUGACAAAGCCUCCUAUACUGGCACCACAUGUUAGAAAUAGGCCUAUGAGUCGAAUUGGUAAGUGGGAAUUAGCAUUAACUGAAUACUCCCUAACAUAUGCUCCUUUAAAAGCAAUGAAAGGGCAGGUAGUAGCACACUUCCUUGUCGACCAUUCCAUAAUGGUGGCCGUGCCUCAAAAUUAUGUCGACUUGGUACUCUGGAAGUUAUAUUUCGAUGGAUCCAGUCACAAAAAUGGCACAGGAAUAGGAAGAGUCAUAAUUUCUCCAGAUGGAAUUCCAGUAAAGUGCAAGUAUUCGAUAGAUGGUAUGUGUACCAACAAUGAGGCAGAGUAUGAAUCUUUGAUAACCGGACUUGAACUGCUGAUAGAACUGGGGGCAAGAAAUGUCGAAAUCAUGGGAGAUUCUAAGUUAGUGGUUAAGCAGGUCUCUAAGGAGUACAGAUAUGUUAAAGAGAACUUAAUCAUGUACUUUGUAAUUGUGAACAGGUUACUUAAGCUAUUCGACUCAACAAGUAUUCGACAUAUACCCAGACGAGAGAAUCAAGAAGAUAAUGACUUAGCACAAGAAGCACCAGGAUACAAGAAAGGUGAGAAUGAGGAGCCCGUUCAAGUGAGGAAAAAGGUUCGAGCAACUUUGUUAUCUCCCUCAAAUUUGUGUGUUAUAAAGUUAGGUGCAGUCGACACUGAGAAUUUUGAAAUUGUGAUGGUAGACAAUGGACAAGAAAACGACUGGUGUAAGCCAUUGAUCGAGUACUUACGCAACCCUACAGGGUCGACAGAUAGGAAGAUCAAAUACAGGGCUCUAAAUUUCGUUCUAAUGGGAAACGAACUAUUUAAGAAAACAGUUGAAGGAGUAUUGCUUAAGUUCCUUGGGGAAAGUGAAGCAUAUUUGGCCAUGUCAAACGUGCGUAGUGGAACCUGCGGUGCGCACCAAGCAGGACACAAAAUGAAGUGGACUUUGAUGCGUUCAGGGGUUUACUAG